AAUUGCCACAACUCAACUAGCUUAUUUUGUUAGGGGGAAAAAAAUCGAAUCGCCAUGUGAGGCCAACCAUAUUGAUUGUAAGUGUACAGAUAUAUGUUGAGCAUCCUGCUCCUCGCCUUACUGCUAGCCUGCGCCAACAUCUACCAAAUCAAUUCUCAACUGUAUCCAUUGGCUUUCAAUCCGACAUAGUCGCCCGCUUUCUUGACCUCACCCAUCACCAUCACACCACAUACACACCCAGAUAUCCCACAACAUGUUCCCUGACAAGCAAGCCGAGGCAGCCGCUGAUGCGUUGCCUUCGUAUGAUCAGACCACCGCCACCAGCUCUGCGGGCAACUCAACAUCAGAGAAGCAGCAGCCGUCGAUUGAGUCACCUUUCAACUUCCCCACAGACGCACCCCCUAGCUAUGCGCAAGUGAAACCCAUUGAGCGACCGGUAGCGUUGCCACAGGAGCGGCCAGAUGCAAAAGCGCCGUUCCUGUCAGCGUAUCCGCCGUCGCUGCAGAUGUACGGUAUUACAAGCGACACUUGGCACGCCUUUAUUCACACCAUAAAUGCCUUUUUGACGGCGUCGGUGAGCGACAAGGCCGUCUCUCACGCGGCUGAUAUGGCACGACAUGUCGGCGACGUGCCCAAGCACUUCGGCCAGGCCACUGCCAGCCACGCGCGCACACUUGGCCACGACAUCGCUGACAAGGCCCGUGCCGGCAACUACGUCGGUGCCGGGUUCGGCGUUAUCGGUGGUGCCAUCCGUCUGCCUGUGGGAACCGCCCUCCGCGCGGUUGGCGCCGUGGUGCAGUUACCAUUUGCCGCCCUCAACGCCGUGGCUACCAAACCCAAGACCCCCCGUGAGCGCGCCACUGCCUAUGUCGGCGCCGCCAACAAGGACUGGUUCCAUCCACGACAACUGCACGCCAGCAUCCUUGAUUCUACCGAGGUCGCCCACCUUGUCCACGCCACCCCCGAUGCCAUUGUCAGCAGCGCCAACGAACAACGUGCCUCCGGCUCCGCCGCCCAGAUGAAUGUUCUGGGCCAUUGGCUCGCCCCUGUUACAGUAGGCGACCGUGCAAACAAUGUUUCCCUCAACCUGACGACCAAUACAUUGUGGCUUGUCGUCACUCAUGGCGUUGAAUUUGCUACCGAAAGCACAACCAAAAAGUAAAGCGGCAAAGCUACACCCAGACUUUUCAUGAAAAGGGUUUUGCGAUGGGCUGUCGUAUCCCCAGGAUCAGGCUCAUGCAACGCAAUUUCUUAGGCCUUUUAAGUGUGCGACCAUUUGAGACUGUUACAGUACGCGGAAAAGCACUACUGUGCUUUCCUUGCCGAACUCCGAUCUUUUCAUCAUUGAUAUUUAUGACAAGGUUACAGAGCAAAAGUCUUAAACCGGGUUGAUAAACCGACAAAAAGGGGCUCGACCAGUGACUUGAGAAAAUUGGAUGCGCUUCCGAGUUCCUGUCAAGGGCGUCAGUCUUGGCAGAAAGAGAAAACCCCAAUAGCAGCCGGGGUCUCAGUGCGCGCGUCAUAUGAACCAGGUUCGAUCUGUCAAUGACGAUGCAAAUCCCCCCCGACUUUUGGUUCAGCGCGGGCCCCGAUGUCACCCUCCCCCCCAUCACGACCGCAAUGCCGGUGCACACGUUUGUACACCAAUCGCCGCCGAGCCGCAAUUUUACCAAGACCAUGCAGCUCUUGGUUUUGAUGUCAUUCGAUGCAUCAUAUGGCGCGUACUGGGCUGAGCAGUUUGGCGGCCGGAGAGAUGGUGGCGAGGUUACAUUCGUAUUGCUGCUAGUUUGGAGGCAGGUUAACGGCGCAGGUAUAUGAGGCGUUUGCUCGCUGCUGUUAUUCUUGUGUUCGACAGUCAGUUACCUUAAGCAGUUGCAUAAACAUACACCUGACCUGCGUCAACCCCUUUAGCCAAUUUACCUUCGCCGCAAACUCCGUCCUCCACGGCCAAAUCGGACCAUCAUGAAGUUCUGUUUCGUUGCCACCCUUGUCAUGGCCGCCGGCGUCAUGUCAGCAGUUGUGCCGGCAGUUCCUCAACCUGCCGGUAUGGCUGUGGGAAAGCGCCAGUUUGAAUCCAAUGGCUUGAUCCUAGACGCUCUCAAGCAAGCUGUCGUUGAGCAAACAACGCAAAUCAAUGCUACCCUUGACGGUGCCCCCGAGAACCCCUCAACCGAUGAGGCCAAUGUUCUCGCCGACGAGAUCAAUCCCCACUUCGCAGCCAUCGCCGACGCCCUCAGGGAAGCCACUUCCUCUUUCCAGCUCCCUUCGUUGGCCGCUCGCCAGGAGGAUGAUGGCGAGGCUGAUACGUGCGAUGCGCAGUGCAUCACCGAGAAGGUCCUCGACAUAGUUUACGAGAUUGCCAGCACCAUCCGCGCUGCAAUUGAACGCCUUGGCCUUCGCCCUCUCAUCGUUCAGAUCAACCCACUUUUGCUGGCUCUCAGCGCGCUGGUCAUAUCCCUGAACGUCUUGAUCUCGGGCUUGCUGCUGACUGUCUCGGCCGUUGUGACGACCCUGCUCGGUGGGCUGGGUCUCAGCUUGCUGUUGUUGGGUUUCCUUGGGUGAAAGGAUUGGAGAGGAGUGGCUUGUAUGACUUGACCUACUGAUCAACAACACAUUGGCAUCAUGUCAUGUCACAUACCAAGUUUAGUUACAUGUCUGUUUACUACUAUUGACAUUCCACUGCGUUUUGCCUACCAUGUACAGUUUGCUCUGAGCCUGAGGUGUAGUGUUUGCGUCCACUGAACCCCCGGAUCAUAGGUUUCUUUUUUUUUGCCGCCGUCGCGCCGAGUGUCCGUUUCAACACCCCAAGCUCUCGUAUCUACAUGGGACAUCUAGAGCUGCCGUCAACUCAUUCAUUAAACACACAACUUACGCAAUAAUCUGUAUAUA